CCAUCGACCCGGCUACCGAAUAUGGGCUCACAUUACUACAAGCACUGUCGUGCCGAUCGGCGCUUCACCUCUACCCAAAACGAUCCACACUUUGACUAUGGCUCUGUGUGGCUUGUACAUGACUGGGAUCAGCGGCGCACUAUCAGCGCUCUCCAGAAAUGCAUCGACAGUCUUCCCACCGAUACUGUCCUGCUCAGUAUUUCCGAUGACGGCGCAGUCUUGUCCAGCUCUUCAGAUGCCUUGGAUGACGCCUCAAGCAUCCCAUUUUAUCCUUCACGUACCGAUUUUCCCCCAAAUUUAGCCACAGUUCGCCGCCACGAUCUCACUGAAGUUGACCGGCUUGGGCUUCAGGUCGACUUGACAACCUACCAGCCUUGCCGAGGCAAGACCAGGCUGGUUGUCUUCAAGUACUACAUCAUCAAGACCAACGUUGCCAUUUUCUGGCAUGAAGCAAAUUGCGUUCUACGCAUACCAAGGCACCCCAACAUUGUCCCUUUCGAUGCUCUUGUCGUUGACGCAGUUGAGGGCAAUGACAAGGUGGUUGGUUUUACCACUCGCUAUGUGCCUGGCGGCACAUUUUCAGAGAAUAAGGAUCGCAUCUUUAAGCUCAAGUACUUGAAGCAACUCAUUAACGCUGUUGAUUACCUCAACCUCCGCCUGGGUAUUGUUCACGGCGAUAUAUGCCCGUGGAACCUUCUCAUUGAUGCUGAGACGGACAGUAUUCAGAUCUUUGAUUUCAAUUGUGCUGCUAAAUUGGGCUGGGAGGGAGACCGGGCCAACCGCUGCGAGUUUGCGUAUGAGGAGGACUGCAACGACGUCAAGUUUGUUGUCUUUACUCUCUACGAGAUCAUCACGCGCGAAUUUGAAUUCCGCAGAGAGUUUUACCCCCACGAAUUGAAGAUCCCUGUGGCUGAAUAUCGCCACAUCCUCACAGAAUGGGUCAGCAAGAGGAAGAAGAUUGACAAGGAGAUCAAUCAUUUUACGAAAACACCAGAGCCUCUAGACUGGCCGCCGCUGCCUGACUCUCUAGCCCUGGACCUGGACAGCCGGCCCAUUCGUAGGCCGGCUGCAUUUCGCGUUACGCUUAUGCGUUUGGGCAAGGACUUCCUGAAGUGGCAGCGCCCGCCGACGCGAGACACGCCACCCCCCAAGGGUUGGCGGCUUCUUGCUACAGGAGAGGUUGUUCGUGAUAACGAAGAGGGGAGCAGCAUUGCUGCAGAAACAUAG